AUGCCCACCUAUUUCCAUCAUGACGGCGCCUAUCCGACCCCCGAGACGGACAAGAAUGCCGCCCUCCGAUUCUUAGCAAACUAUACCAAGAGGAUUGACAGUGCCGAUUAUAGCACGUCAUAUUUACCCUAUUACCAUCCUAAAGCAGUAUUUCACGAUGCUACCGGUGUGGAUUAUGUUGGUGGUCAAGCUAUCUGGAGCUGGAUAACAAACCUCUUCGCCCCCUUCUCAAAAAUCUACAUGGAAACACGCCACAUCCUAGUAACCAGCCACGAAGACGGCACCCACGAGAUCUUCUGCGAAUGGUAUGCGCAUUUCUGGCCCAAGGGUUCUGAAGGCGACGAGCGCAAGGUGUCGAUUCCUCGCGCUAUGGUUUUUAAGUUAGGGCAUGCUGAGGGAGAUGGAAGUGAUGGGGAGGUGGGCUUUGAGGGGCUGCAGAUUGUGGAUGCGAGGCUGUAUUAUGAUAGGAGUUUGUUGUUGCCUUUGUUGGUUAGGAGUCAGCAGGAAAAGGAGAAGUUUGGGCAUUGA